AUGUUUAAUAAACCCAUAUGGAUCAAUAGACCAUGUUUCUUUAUUGUCAAAGCAUCGAAGAAGGCAAUUGGAAGGAUAGGUUCUACCGCAGAUUUUGAGGGUACACUCAAAAGACUCAACGAUUAUAUUCAUGCACCGGAUCAGAGGAAACGUAGUCUACCGGCCAGAAGAUGGGAUGCAAUACUAGCAAUAACAGGAUUUCGAAAUCUUACUGACGCCAAAAGAUUCGAAAUUUAUGUUGAAAAUAUGUUUCGAUUGGAGCAACCUAUGGAAGAGAUUACACUCUAUAGACAAUUCAAAUCCGAGGAGUUGCCCAAGGAGCAACCAAAAAUUUGGAAAACGUGGGAUAUAUAUUGGUCAACAAAGUUGGAUGAAAAAUUGCUGGAAAGUCUUAAGGUCGGCUGGGAUAUUGCAGAUUUAAGGAAUGCAAGUGAGGCGAAAAUGGGAACCGGCGAAACUGGAAACGAUAGCGAAAUAAGCAAAGUAAACGAGGGACGAAGAAAACUCUAUACAAUUAGACAUCGUCCUUUUGAAUUCGAUGACUUUAUACCUUGGAAUCAACUCUUGGAAGAGUGGAGAACGUUGAAAAAGGAAAAAAAACAAUCGCAAUCGAAGAAAGAAUUGGAGUGCAAGGAGGAAAUGAACACCACGGUCCGCGAAAUUAGAGAACCGCCGAUUCAUGCGCCAAGAGCAAAUAAUCAUUGGUUCAAAGUAGUUGAUGACAGUGAAUGA